AUGCGCGCUUUUGAGACCGUUUCUCGCGCGCAACUUCAACACACGCGCUCCUCCGCAUCGAAAAUCCGUUUAAAGAGGCGCAAAACCGUUCGACGAGGACGUGUUGCGGUCGUUUCGAGCGCAAAAGAGGAGGACGAUGACGAGGAGGACGACGAACCGCCGCCGGAAGUGUUACCAUACAUCGGCGGCGACUUGUUACCGAAAGAAACGGAGACGCAUACAUCCGGCUACGUCGCCAUCGUCGGACGUCCAAACGCCGGGAAAUCGACUUUAUUGAACAAAAUCUUAGGCACAAAACUUUCCAUCGUGACGAAGAAACCGCAAACGACCAGACACCGGAUUUUAGGCGUUCUGAGCGACGAAGAAUCGCAGAUGGUGCUGUUGGAUACACCUGGGGUGAUGCGAUCCGCGUUUAAUAAGCUGGACGAGACGAUGUUGAAAUCGGUGCGAUCUUCGGUGAAAACGGCGGAUUGUUUGAUCAUCGUUAUAGAUGGGGACGCGAAAGAGACCGCGGAGAAAGAUUUUGAGAACUUGUUGGAUGUAGACGUGAUCGGGAAGGUACCGACGGCGGUGUGCGUGAAUAAGUGCGAUAGGAUUAAAGACGUGCAAAGGAUUAAGGAGUUGAUGAAGUAUUUUAGGCAAGUUGAGGGUGUUUCAGAGGUGAUUCCGAUUUCAGCCUUGAACGAUACCGGCGUGAAAGAAGUCGUUCAAUGGGCGAAGGGGAAGUUACCGGUUGGACCGUCUUAUUUUUCCAAGGAGUAUUUAUCGGAACACCCGGAGCGGUUCUUCGUGGCGGAAAUCAUUCGCGAGAAGAUAUUCGAGCUGUAUUCGCAAGAGGUGCCGUACUGCUCGUCGGUUUGGGUGGAGGAGUUGAAGGAGAGGAAACCGCCGGCGAAGGAUUUGAUUCGGGCGACGAUUUACGUCGAGAGGCAAUCGCAGGUUGGUAUCGUCGUCGGCGAAGACGGCGCGGCGAUGAAAAAGUUGAGCACGGAAGCGAGGAAAGAUAUCGAAGUGUUUUUAGAGAGAGGAGUGUUUUUAGAGAUGAAGGUGAAAUCGAAACCGGGGUGGCGAUCGAACGAUAAGUCGUUGACGGAGUUUGGUUUGGAAGAUCCGAAUAAGACGAGUAACCCGGAUUUUCGAGAAUAA